AUGGGCAACGCAGGGCUGGGACGACCGCGGCCGGCGGUGGACGAGCGGCUCACGCGGCCGCAGCGCCUGGUCCGGCAGCUCUCCGACCUGGACUUUGGCCGCCUCCGCCGCCUCAUCCGCUCCGGCGACCUCGCGCCGUGCUUCGACGCCGACGAUGACGAGCGUGCCGUCGAGUGCCCCAUCUGCUUCUAUUUCUAUCCGAGCCUGAAUCAAUCCAAGUGUUGCGGCAAAGGGAUCUGUACGGAGUGCUUCUUGCAACUGAUGCCGUCCAAGGCUUCCAAAGCUGUCCACUGCCCCUUCUGCAAAACCGCAACCUACGCUGUCGAAUACCGCGGUGCUAGAACAUCAAGUGAUAAUAAACUUCAACAAGAAGAAGAACAGAACAUUAAUGAGGCCAAAACAAGAAUACGACCCAAGACUCAGAAAACCGUUGAACUUGUUAAGCUUACUCUUACUGCUGCCAAAGUUCAGAAUGUGACAGCAUCAGAUGUAUUUUUGAGUUCAGAUUCAGAUGAAUACAUUUUGGUCGUUUCAGAUUCUUCAGAUGAGAUGCAAACUAGAUGUAAUUCAUUUGACUGA